GGCGUUUCCCCACCAGAGCCGUUUCCAUUAGUUGGCUUAUUUUCUCGAGACAUCUUUUACGCUGCUUGGAGCAACUAGCAAGCAAAUUGUUCAGCGUGGCCGUCAAUGUGGGAAGGUCAACCAAACGUGCCCUAAACCAUCGGUCGCCCCCCUCCCAGCCGCCAACGGACGAGGUGAUCAUAAGGGCGAUGCGGGGGCUAGGGUUUAGGCUGCUGGUGCUGGCGCUCGCGGCGGCGGCGGCGGCUGAGGUAGAGGCGCGGUUCGUGGUGGAGAAGAACAGCCUGAUGGUCACAUCGCCGACGACGCUACGGGGCAGGCACGAUAGCGCCAUAGGUAACUUCGGCAUUCCGCAGUACGGUGGGAGCAUGGCUGGUGCCGUCGUAUACCCAAAGGCCAACACAGACGCCUGCGACUCCUUCGACGGAGGCGGGAAGGAGCACAUCUUCCGCAACAACCCGGGCGCCCUCCCCAGCUUCCUUCUCAUCGACCGCAGAAAUUGUCUGUUUGCUAAGAAGGUUUGGAAUGCCCAAAAUGCCGGUGCCUCAGCAGUGCUUGUAGUUGAUGACAAGGAUGAGCCAUUGAUAACGAUGGACUUACCUCGGGAAGAUGACGAGGCUGCAAAGUAUAUACAAAACAUAACCAUUCCUUCUGCUCUAAUUGAUAAAAAAUUUGGUGAACAGCUGAAGAAGGCAGUUAAAGAUGGUGAAAUGGUAAAUGUGAAUCUUGAUUGGAGGGAGGCUGUUCCACAUCCUGAUGACCGGGUUGAGUAUGAGCUGUGGACAAAUAGCAAUGAUGAAUGUGGGCCUAAAUGUGAUAUGCUUAUCCAUUUUCUCAACGAAUUUAAAGGAGCUGCACAACUACUUGAAAAGGGUGGUUAUAGUCAGUUCACCCCCCAUUAUAUUACUUGGUACUGCCCUAAAGCAUUUAUUGUCAGCAAACAAUGCAAGUCCCAGUGUAUAAACCAUGGAAGGUAUUGUGCACCUGAUCCAGAACAAGACUUUAGUACUGGCUAUGAAGGAAAAGAUGUCGUGGUAGAGAACCUCAGACAGCUUUGUGUAUUUAAUGUUGCAAAUGAGAUAAAAAGACCAUGGAUCUGGUGGGAUUAUGUCACUGAUUUUCACAUAAGGUGCCGAAUGAAGGACAAGAAUUAUAGCAAAACGUGUGCAGAAACUGUGAUAAAAUCACUAGGUUUGGACACGAAGAAAGUCGAUAGGUGCAUGGGAGAUCCAAAUGCUGAUUCUGACCACCCCUUGCUUAAAACAGAGCAGGACACACAGAUUGGGAAAGGUUCAAGAGGAGAUGUAACUAUAUUGCCUACACUUGUUGUGAACAAUCGGCAAUAUCGAGGAAAGUUAGAAAGGAAAGCUGUCCUCAAAGCUAUUUGUGCUGGCUUUGAGGAAACUACGGAGCCAAAUGUUUGUCUGAGUGAUGACAUGGAAACUAAUGAGUGUCUGAGUGAUAAUGGAGGCUGCUGGCAAGACAGGGCUGCUAAUGUAACAGCUUGUCGGGACACAUUCCGUGGCAGAGUGUGUGAAUGCCCAACAUUCAAUGGUGUGCAAUUUAAAGGCGAUGGCUACAGCAAUUGUGAAGCUGCUGGACCAGGAAAAUGCUUGAUAAAUCAUGGUGGAUGUUGGCAUGAAACUCGAAAUGGCAAAACGUUCUCUGCUUGUCAAGAAUCAGGAGAUGGGGAAUGUACGUGUCCAGCUGGAUUCCAAGGGGAUGGUGUUAAAAAAUGUCAAGACAUUGAUGAGUGCAAAGAGAAAAAAGCUUGUCAAUGUCUGGAAUGCAGCUGCAGAGAUACAUGGGGUGGCUAUGAAUGUACUUGCAGUCAAGACCUUUUGUACAUCAAAGAGCAUGACACGUGCAUAAGUAAGACGACUGUUCAAGCUAAAGCAGCAUGGGCUGCCGUGUGUGGGGUCUUGGUAGCCUUGGUUGUUCUGGCAGUGGGAAGUUAUUUGGUAUACAAGUACAGAUUGAGGUCAUACAUGGAUUCCGAGAUCAGAGCUAUCAUGGCGCAAUACAUGCCACUUGACGGUCAAGCAGAGGUCUCAAAUUAUUCUGACGAGGAUCAUCAGUAAAAGUUCUAUUUGCAUAUGCGCUAGGCAUUGAAAAUGGCCCCUUAUGGCCCUUAGGACUGAUGCUGAGGCAUAUACACAAUGUAUACAUGCGCAAGAUUUCGGUUGAGCACUAGAAUUUUAUACUAUCGAUGUGUAACUGUGUUGGUGUUUUUUUUUUGGAGAGGAAACUGUGUUGGUGCUGUGCACCUACUAUUGGGUUGGACUAAUUUGGUUACCCCAGAUUGUGGCCUA